CAAAUUUGGAAUGUUCCUUUAUUAACCAAGCCAAAUAUACAAAACUUUACAAUCAUUUCACUUUCCUCAUCUUAUGAUCCUAUCUAUAUUUAUCUCUGUAGUAUAUAUUCCAACUUCUCAGGUCCACUUUAUGCAUCUCUCUGCUUUCCAAGAUUUGAAUAUAUUAUUACUAUAGUUUUAUCAUAAUCAUAUCAAGAAUCACUUUGUUCCCUGUUUCUUCUCUUCCUCUGCAUCUGCAACUACAAAAAACUGCACCCAUAAUACACAGAUCUGCCACUUACCUGAUAUCUCACUUGAAUGCUGAGUCACAUUUCUGAGUUGGGGUUUUGUUUUUCUUCUUGAAAAGAAAAUAUACGAUGGGUGUUGGAUAUCAUGAGGAAUAUAUAAGGAAUUCAAGAGGUGUUCAACUCUUUACUUGUAGAUGGUUGCCAUUUUCUUCUCCAAAGGCCCUUGUUUUCCUUUGCCAUGGCUAUGGCAUGGAAUGCAGUGGAUUCAUGAGAGGUGUUGGAACAAAGCUGGCAAAUAACGGAUACGCGGUGGUUGGAAUGGAUUAUGAAGGCCAUGGACGGUCAGAGGGUGCCCGCUGUUACAUCAAAAGGUUUAACAACAUUAUCAACGACUGCAGUGACUUUUUCAAGUCAGUUUGCGCACAGGAGGAAUACAGAGAAAAAACAAGGUUUUUGUAUGGGGAGUCGAUGGGAGGGGCCGUGGCUCUUUUAAUACACAAGAAAGACCCUUCCUUUUGGCAUGGUGCUCUUCUGGUUGCACCUAUGUGUAAGAUAUCUGAGAAGGUGAAGCCACAUCCAAUGGUUAUAAGCUUACUAACUAAAGUGGAGGAUGUCAUACCAAGAUGGAAGAUUGUCCCUACAAAGGAUGUCAUUGAUGCUGCCUUCAAGGACCCCGCUAAAAGGGAAGAGGUACGUGGGAACAGGUUAAUUUAUCAGGAAAAGCCAAGACUAAAGACAGCUUUGGAAAUGCUAAGAACCAGCAUGCACCUUGAGGAAAGUUUGCACGAGGUCACUCUACCAUUUUUAGUGUUGCAUGGGGAAGCAGACAUAGUAACUGAUCCAGAAAUAAGUAAGGCUUUGUACGAGCAAGCGAGUAGCAAGGACAAGACUCUAAAACUUUAUCCAGGAAUGUGGCACGGUUUGACAUAUGGUGAGCCAGAAGACAAUAUUGAAAUCGUCUUUUCAGAUAUCAUCUCGUGGCUUGACAAGCGAAAUGGAGAGAAUGUUGAUAUUGAUAAGAAUAUUGAUAUUGAUAAUGUUACUUUGAUUGAGAGAUCGGUUUGUCGAGCUACAUCUACUCCAUAUAAGAUGACCACAAUUUCUUCACCUGUAAUGUUGAAUGAAAAAAAGCCACAGAAAAGACGUCCACAAGCGAAUUAUUUGUGUGGUUGGAAAGGGCGUCGGAUGCAUCAUCAUUCUGCAAUGUAGAGGACUUGAUUGAUAGAUAUGAGUUGCAUCUCCUUCAUUCGUUCAUCACGUUAUGGUGACAUAAAUGUUACUACUAAGUAUUAUUUAUGAGGGAAGUGGAAAAUAACAUGUUUUCCGGAUAUUGUAAGUUGCAAAAUCUCAAGUUAUUCAUGAUAUCCUAAUGUAUCAAUAAACUUCCUCAAUGAUGUUA